AUGAAAGAUUACUAUCGUUCAAUAAAAACAUACCCGACAGACUUUAAAGUUCCUUUAUCCGAUUCAAAUCGUGGUCAUAGAAUUUUUCAAUUGGCAAAUGGCAUUUUAACUCUCGUAAUAUCCGAUCCCAGUAAUGAAAUUGGAUCUGCAAGUAUAUGUGUUGCGACUGGUUCCCAUAAUGAUCCUGAUUAUAUCCCAGGUUUGGCUCAUUUAUGUGAGCAUGCUUUAUUCAUGGGAACAAAGGAAUUUCCGAAGCCAAAUUUGUACCAUGAGACUGUGCAGGCUUAUGGUGGGCUAACGAAUGCCUUUACUACCGGAGAACAAACCUGUUUUCAAUUUGAAGUGCCCGUUAUUAAUGGAAAUAUAGGAAACCUAAACCCUAAAACUAAUAUGGAAGAAGAUGGUGAUGAAUCCAUUUUUGAUCAUGUCUUGAGAAAUUUUGCCAGUUUCUUCAAAAGUCCAUUAUUUCGUGAAAAUGAAAUUAGAAAUGAAAUAUCGUCCGUCAACGAAGAGAAUAUUUGCAAUCUAAGUUCUCCAGAGAAGAUCUUUUUCCAUGCUUUGAAAUCUUUAUCAAAUAAAGGUCAUCCCUUUAGUCGUUUCGCUACUGGAAAUGUACAAACACUAGAAAACGUUCCCAAGUCAUUAAAGCUAAAUUUAUAUUCUGAAUUAUUCAAGUUUUACCAAUCCUAUUAUUUACCUGAGAAAAUGACUCUAGUUAUAAGUGGACCCCAAUCUUUGAACCAUUUGCAAAGACUAGCAUUAAUGAAUUUCUCUAGUAUUGGUAAGAAAUCAAUCAAAAUUAAAAAGUCUUGUGAAACAGACCUGUUGAAACAUCAUUUAUCUGAAUUCUCAAUUCUAUCCGAAUCCUGGAGAAUGGUAUACAGAGAACCUCUCUUUAAACAAUGCAACAUAAGUAAAUGUCUAUUCGUCAAAAGUGAUACCCAUUCACGUCUUCGUAUAAUAUUUCCGAUGAAACCAACGAAAUCUCAGAAGGAAUAUAAAUUAUACCAACAUGCGUGGAUGAAUAUAUUAGGCGAUGAAUCAAUAGGAUCCUUAUGUGCCUAUUUGAUUGAAUUAGAAGACCUUGCAUUUUCUGUAAAUCUGUUUCGUCAAUCAUUAACAUUUCAAGACGACGUGUUGAUAUUGGAUAUUACAUUGACAAGUAAGGGACAAAAUAAUAUUCUGAAAAUAUUAAUGUCAAUAUUCCAGUAUAUCAAUCAAAUAAUUUUAAAUUGCUCUUACAGUACCAUGGGUCAUUACUUGUCUGAUAUGGCCACAAUUGAAACUUUGAAUUUCAUCCAUAGAGAAUCAAAUAAUUCUCCUAUGAAAGAAGCUGCAGCUUUGGCUGAGAUAUUACAGAAAGACAUAAGUGUCAUAAACCCUUUGAAUAUAUUGAAAGGUUAUAAUGAUUGGAUGGAUGAAGAUUUGGAUUAUAGUGGUGAUUAUAAGGUGGACCCAGGAUGGUGGCGCUUGAUGGCUGCAAAAUUUAUUGCAGCGACUAUGAAAACCCUUAACUCGGCCAAUUGUAAUAUCUUGAUACUUGAUUCCAAUCCACUUAUAGUGAAUACGAUUAGAUGUUAUUCUGCAAACUCAAUAGUGUUGAAUACUAAGGACCAUUAUAACGACUUUGAAUAUACAGUCUGUGAUAUAGAUAAUCUAUUCAUAAACAAGAAAUCUUUAGAAUAUUGUUCUUAUUUUUCCUUCCCAGAGCCAAAUAUUUAUUUAGCUUAUAACCAAAAGGACCUAAACUCUAUCGUGGAGAAUAUUUCACUUAAAGCCUCAAAUAUAUCUUGGGGCUUUCUGGCUUAUAGAAUAUCAGAAACAGAGCCUAAGCUUAUUGAUUCUUCUCAGUUUCAUGAAAUUUGGCACAAAUUUGAUGAAUCAACUUCUAAGGUUACAGCUUCUUGUCGAGUACAAAGCUUGUGCUUAGAUCCAUCACCAAGUGUCACUAUUGGGAUAGAAAUAUUAGUUGAAUUAAUUGGAAAUAAAUUGCGUCAUGAAUUAUUCCCUGGAGAAUUAGUAGGAUAUUCUUGGGGGUUAUUUCCAGGCUUAAACUGUUCACCAUCGAUUACACUCACAACCACCGGACUCACGGACAAGUUUAGCAUGUUUUUGUUUUUUAUCAUAGAGAAAAUUCAGGAAAUUACUUCAAAUUUUAAAACUUUGCCAUACAGGCAAUUUACAAGAGCCCAAGCCUCCGUAAGAAAACGUUAUGAAGACUUUUCAAAAUCCGGAGGAGUUGACAAGGCUAUGGCAGGUUCAAUAUUUUUGCUAGAAGAGGGAAUUUGGUCCCUUAAGCAGCGUCUAGACGCUCUAGAUGAAAUGAAUAUGAGCCUUUUAGAAGUAAUAAGUUUAGAACUCUUUUGCGAGUUACAACAUUUAAAUAUAUUUAUUCAAGGUGAUAUUAAAAUUCAUGAAGCUUUUAAAAUAUCUAGAAUACUCCAAUCUUUAGGAAGAUACGAAAAGAAAACCAAUAUCAAUAACUUCCAAGAAACAAAUCUAUCCAGUUAUUUGUUGAAACAAGGUAAAAGCUAUAUAUAUGAAGAUAAUGAUACAAACAACGGUGCAACAAAUACUAUACUCUACUAUAUUCAAAUUGGAAGUCGAGACAAUGUAUUCAAUAGGUCAAUUUCAAAAUUUGUUGCGCACAUAUUAUCUAUUUUUGCAGCAACUGAGUUAAGAACAAAACGAAAGUUAGGGUACCUUGUAUAUAGUGGUUCUAAGUUAUUUAGAACCACUACCGGUAUAUACAUAACCAUAUCUAGUGGAAGCCACAGCCCCCACUAUUUGAACUCACAAAUAGAGGAUUUCUUAUAUGAAUUAGAGUUGAAACUAUUUGAAUAUUCCGAAGAGAAAUUCGAAAGUUUCAAAACAACCUUUGUUGAAAGCUACUUAAAGCACAAUACUCAAAAAGACGAAUUAUUUCAAAAUAAUGAGUUAUACGGUGUAAAUCCAGUAAAAAGCAGUAGUGUUUUCCCCAAGGGCAAAAUGUAUUACAUGCACAGAAAUUAUUUCGAUAAGAUUGUUAACAAAACUUAUACUUUUGGAGGGAUGAACGGAGAAUAUGAAAUCGACCUACUGAUAAUCGACGAAUUAACGAAAGAUAAAUUUUUUGAAUUCUUUAAAUCGAGAAUAUCUAUAAAAUCUAGAAAGAAAUCCUCUCUUUCACUACUUUUAUUCAGCCAGGAGAAAGUCAAGUCCAAAUCUCUUAAAACACAGAUACUUGAAUUCUUGACUGAAGAAGGAAUUCCUGUUAGUAAUAACAAUCUAGAAGACAUGAUAGAUGAAUAUAAUAAUAAUGAUCCUAAUUUCUCUAAAAGUGGUCCUAAUAUGAAUCCCAAAGUUAAAAAUGAAAGAACAAAACUAAUCAUGUACACUUUGAAGAAGAUAUAUAGAUCAAAAAUCGAAAGAUUUACUUCAAGUAAUCAUAAUAAAUAUAGGAAGAUGAAGAGAAAUGAUAUAGUCAAAAAUCUAGGAGAGAAUUAUAUUUCAAAUGAGCCUUAUUUGGUGCCAACAAUAUUAACAGACUGGAAACAGUUACAUGAUGAAAGCACACUAAAGAAAAAUAUCUGCAACUGA